AUGCAUUCGGUGGAUUUGCUCCAAAAGCAGCUCGAAUGUUAAAAGUGGAGUUAUGAUUGCGCCAUGGAAGCUAACAUGAUGAAAUGGGCAAAGCAGUGUCUUUUCUAUCACCCUCCACCCGCAUAUAGGAACUACUGGGGACAAAACAUAUUUAUGAUAGGAGAUAAGUACUACAAUUACACCUUGCCGUCACUUGCAGAAACGGCCGUCAUAUCAUGGUGGCAGGAGUUACAGGUUUUUGGUGUUCCAGAGAACAACAUCGUAGUCGCGCCAAAUGAGCACAAAACUGGUCACUACAUGCAGGUAAUAGAAAAAUGUGCUUCUGGGGAAUGA